GUCACAAAAUAUGAAUAGAAGAAGAGUAGAUAAGAAGAAGAGUCUCAAUUACUUUACUGCAAUUAUUUCUUUUUUUCGUGAAAAAGACAAAAAUACGGGCAAUUUCAGACUUUGGAAUAUUUCAACACUUUAUUCAUUCACCAGAUUAUGAGUAUUAUUGAAUUUGAAAUUGAUGAAGUACGUAAACUUUGUGAAAAUGUUGUUCCCAACUCAAAAAUAAUUGCGUGCACUGCAGCUGCCCCAGCGCCCUUUAUACGUGUUGAUAUCCACGAGAAUCAGUUCUAUCGUCAACUUACAGCGUGUCUUCGUUUUCCAAACGAUUAUCCCAAAGAAGCGGUUCUAAUUGAAUUGAAAAGCAAAACUCUUUCGGAUAAGUUUCUUCAAGGUUUGACGAGUGUUUGCGAAAAACAAUUGCAACAAGAGUUCUUGGGAAAACCUCAUUGUCUGAAGGUUCUCAAGUUUUUGCAACAGUAUGUUCAAGAUAACCCGCUGUGCGUAUGUUUCGAUGAGAUACAGCAAUUGCGUAAAGAUUUGGGACCUGAAGCAACUGCGGACCAGUUAAAGCUGAAACAGAAAGCAAGUGCGAUACAUUUCACCGCUAAAGGUGGGGAUUAUUAUUAUCGAUUAAAGGCUGUGGUACCUGAUGAUUAUCCGCAACAUUGUGUUGAAUUGCAACAGCAGGAAACAAAUCUUCCUGCCAUUUUGUUGCGCUAUUUAAAUGGCCAAUCACGUGAAAUUGCUCGUCAAUGCGUAGAGCCGCCGUUGCGUAUGCCCAAAGGAAAAACUAUAGCCGAUUUUCAACCAGUACCCUCGCUUUAUAGAGCGUUAAAGUUUUGCCUUGAGGCGACAAGAGGAUUUCAUAUGGAGGAAUGCCCUAUAUGUGGACAAUUGGUAUUACCCCGUAACCCAAAUGAUUUGGAGAAGGACGAAAACAAAGACUCGUAUGUUGAACGUGUAUAUUGCGGCCAUUUGUUCCAUCAGGGUUGCCUGAAGUUGUACCUGUCAGAGCCUCCAUUUCCCAAGGGUGGGAAACUUUGUCCAGCUAAACGUCGUCAUUUACGUUCGGAUGCUACAUAUUAUAUGGGCGGCAUGCAAGGUUCAAAAAUGCCCAAAAUUUUACCCGAUGAAGGUGGUGCUUGCGGUAUACGUUUAGCCCAUGAUCGUUGGGUGGUCAAUGUUAAAGUUGCCGAAAGUCGUUGGGCCCAAAAACAAGCACGUCAGCGAGAAUUGGAAGAGGUUGUGGAUUUCUUGAAGUGAUUUAAAAAGAGGCUUUAUACGACAUUUACAUGACAAAUUUUUAAGAAGUCAUCAAAUUCAAUAUUAUGUGACAAUGUAUCUUUUUAAUAAAAUUAUUCCUUGCAAAAGAAUCUGUUCAUUCAUUAUUCCUCGAUAUUGUGAUUUUGGUGCAAAAAUUGUCAUGCAUUAUUUUUUAAUUGAUUUGAUUGUUUUUAUGCCGUUUAUAUCGAAACGUGUUGAGUUAUGGGCCUAUGCUCUGUUCCGGAAAGUUUAUAUUAAACUUGCUAUUUCUAUUGGAUUGUAGUGACUUGUUGGAAUGUUUGUUUUCAAUUUAAAUAAAAAGAUUACACUCUCUUUCUUGGCGGAGGGAAAAAUUUCCUUAUUACGGUCCAGUAUUAAAGAAACUAGUUUUUUUUUCGUCGAUUGCCACACUAUUCUAUAGAACGCCUAAAAGUAUGCUAAGGUUUUUGCAUUAUUUCAUAAAACUUACCAAAACAAUAUGGCAACCUCCUUGAACUGGGCCGUUUUGUAGAGAAUGGAUUUCUUAGUCAAAUCAGCUCGAGUAAUAGGCAAACAGAAGACGAUAGGAAGCGUAUUUUGUGACAAGUCUUAAUUAAAAUUGUAAUAACUCAGCAUUGGAUGAAGCGAUUGCCACAAUAUUGGUGUCAUUUUAUAGGGGAGAUAUUGGAGGUUUUAUAUAUGCCAAUAAAAAGGUAAAACGCCAACUAUUUAAGAGUAAUAAGUUGCGUCUUGCUUCAUUUAAAAAUUUUAAUGAAAAAAUAGGAUAAACACUUAAAUUUUGAUAUUUUACGAUUUAUUAUGUAAUAUGCACCUAUGCUAUUAACAUUACUAUUAUUAAAUAAGCUAAUUUCUGCAUCGACAUGGAAUUUUGGAACGUUUCAAAAAAUUGUAUUUGGACACAAUUGGGAAGAAAUAUUAGACUUUUGGUAGAAAUAUGUAUUUUAGAGCCAGAUAACACCCAUGAAGUUAUGUUUUGAGACCAUUUAAAAAGAAAUAUUUUAUUAUUGUCGGAGAUAAUAAAAAUUGCGGGAAAAAAACUUUAUUUCAAUUGACCGGAAUUUUUUCUAUACUUGCUUUCUCAUAUUGAACAACAUUUUGCAAUAUUUUGUUCAAAAUACUUCCCUGACUGUCGAAACAGCGGAAGUAUAUAAUAAAGGGAAAUUGUAAAAGGAAAUAUUGAUUACUAACUGAUCUCAAGCAAAGGUUAAAGAGCACAUUUUGUUGUAACUUUUGAAAGUUUAGUUUUAACAAGUUGGCCGUACUAACACACUUUCUUGUAAAGAAGUGUUCAUUCUCCUCUAAUGAGAACAUUCAACAGAAUAUUUUUAGUUAUCAGAAUCCUAAUUCUUAAAACCCCAUUAACUACAAAUGUUUUCCUCCAGUAAUUGGACUGUUAGACCCAAUUAAAAACAAAAACUCUGUUUUUUUGUAUAGACAUAUUAAUUUAUUUAUUUCCCUUAUAAAAUGCAUUUGUGUCCAUUAUAUCAUUUUGUUGUAAUACUAGGUAUCGAUAUUCAUUCAUUUAAUUACUUUUGAUUUGUAUUAUUUUUGUUUGCAUCAUAGUUAAGAUAUAAACUAUUGGAAAUUAUUCAAAAAUAUUAUUAUUACAAAAAAAUAUGUAAAAUUGUUUAAUGAUAAUACU